UCACUAGCGCUUACUUUACUACAGAAAACAUGGCGUCUUCGACGCAUUUUCUUUGAUAAUUCGUGUAAUUUUUGAGUAAUAAAAAUACAAAUUGUAUUAUCAUUUCUAAUUUAAACUAGCUUGUACUGUGAUAAACGUGUUGCGUUAAGGCUUAGGUUAUCAUCCCAGUGACUGCUACGCAGGUAAACAAUAGAACGGCGAGGAGAAAGGUUAUUGAACGGCCAGUGCGAUGUCGUGGCGAGGCCGUGACGAGAGGAACACCAGGUGGGGCGAGGACGACAGGUGGGCGGAGGGCCGGCCGCGCUCGCCCGUGUGGGAGCCGCGGCGCAGCGCCAGCCCCGAGCGCCGCGAGCCGCGCGUCGAGCGCCACCACCACGAUCGGUUCGACCGCGAGCGCGAGCGCUACGACCGCGACCGCGACGACGACCGCGAGCGCCGCGACCGCUACCGCCGCGAGCGAUACGACCGCCCGCGCGACCGCGAGCGCCGCCGCGACGGCAAGCGACACGACGACCGUGACGUGCCGCCGCCGCCCUCGCCGCCCCACAUCAGCGACGUCGAGCGCAGGCCCACUUCCCGCUCGAGCAGCCGCUCGGGCAGUCGCGACCGAAUGGACUUAGAUUACGAGAGCAAGUACGACACUAGAGACAAACACGAUGAUAACCAGACAAUCAACGCCUCCCCGGGGGAUUGGUUCUGCAAGUGUGGACUGUACAACUUCAAGAGGCGACAAGUGUGCUACAGACGAAACUGUCAAGGAAAGAGGUCAGAUGGCAUUGUCUAUGGUGGUGACAGUGAACGGAACAUUCUGUCUGAAAGUGCAGGCAUCACGAAACGGUUGUUGUUCAGAAGACUGGACGCUUUAACUACUGAAGAGAAAAUAUUAGAGGUACUGAAGGAAAGAUGCUCAAAGACUGUUUUAGAUUCCAUUGCUGGUAUCACAAUUGGCAGAGAGACUCUAACUGGGGCCUCCAAGUGUUUAGCUUAUAUUAACUUUAAUUCCAUUGCUGAUUCCACAGCAGCUCAUUCAGAAUUGGCUUCCCUACAACCUCCUUUAGAAAUUGAUGGCCGUGAAGUUCUUGUUAGUUUUUAUAAUGAACCAAAGAAAAUUUCAAAACCCCCUAGUGCUGACUAUUCAUCUUACUAUGCUCAAAUGUCUAACUAUAGUUCAUCAGCACAGGCCAUGUCUGAGGCGGACCGAGUAAACGCGGCCGCUGCCGUUGCUCAAUCAGCUAUUUCAGCUGCUCAGGCCCGCCACAUGGCCUGGACACCCGUCAGUGUGCCAGUUUUUGUGUCUUCCACUACUCAAUCAGCUCCCACAGUUAAAGCCCCCACAGGUGAUGGUAAGACUGUGUAUUCUCCCCCUGAUGUAAGGACUUUUAUGUAUGAUGAGACUUCCGGUUACUACUAUGACCCAGCCACAGGGUUGUACUAUGAUGGUACAAGUCAGUACUUCUACAACAGUCAGACAAGCCAGUACAUGUACUGGGAUGCCACCAGCAGCACAUACAUAGCUGCCACACAGGCUCAGCAGAACACUGAGCAGCCUAAAUUGCCAAACCCACCGACAGCUACCACAGAGAACACAAUAGCUAAAGAGCCAGAGGAAAAGAAGAAGAGGGACAAGGAAGACAAAGUUAAAGUUGCCAAAAAGAUAGCUAAAGACAUGGAGAGGUGGGCGCGGACCUUGAACCAAAAGAAAGAGAAUGCUAGGAGCAAUAUUGUAAUGGAGCAGCCCCUGGACAUGGGUGCCAGUAAGGGCUCUGCAGACAUUGGUUUCUCAGUGUUAGGGUCUGGACCUUCUUUGACUCACGUUAGAGAACUGUCUCCCCCGCCAUCCGGCGACGAGUUCCUGAUGAAGAGGGUGUCGGAUGCCGAGCACGCGUUCGACAGCGAUGAAGGCAUCAUAGACUGGGCCAAACUGACCUGCCUCAUUUGCAAGCGUCGCUUCCCGUCCGCUGAAGUGCUCAACAAACACAAAUCGCUAUCAGACUUGCACAAACAGAACCUGCUGGAGUACCGCAAAAAGAAUGAAUUAAUUCCUCAAAUGAAUGGCUACAGAGACAGGGCGGCUGAGAGGCGAAUGAAGUUCGGUGAAGACGAAACGCCUAUUAUAAGAAAGCGUUACGAGCCGCCAGACUCGAUGCCUCCGCCCAUCGCGCCGCACCCACCGCCCUCCGUCGUCGACACGAUUGGAGGGAAAAUGCUGCAAAAAAUGGGCUGGUCUGAAGGUAGAGGUCUAGGUAAAGAGGAGCAGGGAAGGAUCGCUCCCAUAGAAGCUGAACAGAGGCCAAGCUUGGCAGGCCUCGGCCAGAAGAGAGGCAUUUAUACUCCAACCCCUGGGGAGACAUACAGAGACACAGUCAAAAAACUAAUGAUUGCCAGAUAUAAAGAGGUUGUCGGUCAAGAGGAAGGGAAAUAGGUGGGUCCUUUGACAUAAUUCAUUUCUAUUUCACAAACAUUCAUUUACAGGGUUUGGAUUUCAGGUCAGUCAAUUUCUAGUCAAAAAAUUCUACUCUGACAUAUUAUGUCACCAUUAUCUAGUGUUAUUUCAUGAUCUCUCAAGGUUUUGUAGUACAAUUAUCUUGUAAGAUUCUAGACUGAUAAGAUAAUAAUAUCAAUUCAACAUUCUUAUUUACAUUAAGAAGCACUUACUAAGUAUGCUCUUAUUAAGAAUGCAACAUAGGAGACAUAACAUAAACGUAAAGAUGAAACUGCUUUUACAAAGAAAAUUACUCAAGAUUGCAUAAGAAAGUAUUCGGCUCACACUGAGUUCCAAGGUUGUGGUGCAUUGGCAUACGUAUUACUCUGAUUCUAAUGGAUUGAUUCUGAUUUCACUACACUAGAUGUCGGCGCUCAAUGCUUCUUCUGAGGGUCGACACUCAGAACUCUCGACGUCCUACAUGGUAAGUAUUGAUUCUGGCUGAAUCACGCUACAAUGUACACUAACGCUAAUUUUUCCACAGCUCGCUACAGGUAAAUGUAUUACAUGAUGAAACAGUCUGGUGGUCUUACACUCCAUGUUCCGAGUCUACUUUGACGGCCAGUGGAGGCCCAUUCAAAAUUUUACUCCAAAUGUGUUUGUUUAUGAGUAUCAAGAUUUUUAGCUCUCCAGAAUAAGGUGAAAUUUGUCUGCAUUGAUGUGUUGAUUUAGGAAAAUUUGUUGUGUUUAGAGCAAAGUUGCUAUUUUUCAUUGAUUUAAAUGUGUCUCAAGUCCAAAAGUUUAAAUUAUAGAAUACAAGUAAGUCAGUAUUGAUUUAAGCCGGCAGUUUAGGAAAUGUAUUUAUCGUGCUGUGACCUUUGCAAACUAGGUAGCAUUCAAGGAUUAUUACAAUGAAGACUGCAACCCAUAAAGUUAAUUUAUGACAAGCUCAAUAUUUCCUUUGUCUUUGAAUACCUGCAACGAUAUCGGGUAAUGUUCAGUACUAAGUAGUAAAGUCGUACGAGCCGAAGCAAGGAAGACCCGGACGUAUGGACACGAUGUGAUAGACUGUGACUGUAGUGUUGUGUUUGAAGAAACGGUGUCUAGACCGACCCACGGCUCAUUACUGAUGAAUGUGACCAUUUACCUUACAGAGACUACAUGCCAGACCCCGCUGCGAGUUGCCAAACAUUAUAACAAACCUGUAUACUCAUAGAUAUAUAGAUACUAGAACACACAUUGUGAGAUUACAAAUGAAAAGCAAUUUUUUAAGUAGAGAUGUGCUCUCCUUAGCCCUUAGUAUGUAAAACUUAAUGUCUAUUUUUUUAUUUAUAUUUUUAAAGAAUUAUAUUCAAAAUGUUUAGUUGUUAUGUUCGUGUUCAUAGCUAGUUGAAUUGUUAAAGUAUAUUCAUAUUUGAAGACAAUGAAACAUACAUUGCAUUUAUUUUAGUUUGUUAAUUAUCUUAGAUAAUAAUUGGCAGUCUACAUAUAAGUAAUUGUGGCAGGGUGGUCAAUGACUUAUUCACUAAUUAAGCUCCUAAUUGUUGGAGAUACUUUAAUUUAGGUACAAUUAAUUGUGAGUGACGUGUUUUUGCCAUUUUCCAAAUGAUUGUAGAUUCUAAAUGGUCAUCGAUUUGAAGAACGCAAUAAUAUUAGUAUUAACUAUAACAAGUACCUAAACUAUUUGACAACUAAGUCUGCUCCACCCAGAAAUAAAGUAGGAUUUAUCUAGAAUAUAAACUAAUUUUAGGGAAUUUCCAUAUUUUAAAUAUUAUAGAGACUUAAUUUGUUUUAGCUAAUAGAUGAUAAUCCCUCAACAAACUCCAUUUAUUUACAAUAUUAUAGGAAUGUUAUUAUAUUAUACACUUUGAUAAUUUAUAGGGACCUCUGAUGCGUACAAAACACACUUAUGUUACGUUUCGCCGCAAACCUAAUAUCUAAACCAACAUGAUUAUUACCACAGUUAACAUUAUGCUAUUUUCUUCGCUUUGAUGGCCAUUUCACCGCGUACUGAUUACAUAGUGAUUAUUAAUCAAACCGUUGUACUCAUUUUAUGGCUCGAUGGCUAUGCUCGUGCAUUUGAACAAAAUAUUUAAUGAGCGAAUAAUCAAUUGGAUAGUUUAACUACGCCUUACAAGCGUAAACUAUUCGAGUGGUGAUAGUAAUUACAUGUCUAGUGACCUAAUUACAUUCAAAAAAGUAGAAAAUUGUUAGUUCACACAACUAACAAUUUUCUAACGGCAUAACAUAACGUGAUUAUGUUUUGUUUCGUCCAUAAAUUAGUAUACAAUCAUGUUGUUGAUAAUGAAUGAACAGUAAUUAAUUAAGUAAUUACACACGAUACAAUUUUGCAGGUUUUUUAGAUUGCUUAAGUUUUUAUUGAGCAUCAAUAUAAAAGGUUACAAUGAAA